AUGUCAGAAUCAAAACUACAUCCAUCCGACCUAGAGGCCGGUAAUCAACAUCGAUUAUCAACAAACAGUGAGUCUAGCACAGUAAACGACACUUAUGUAAUCAACGAGCCUAUUCCUUUACAAGAGGUCACAUCAUACCGCGAGCAAAUUCGUGAGCAAUUACCUCCUGGUGUUCUCGCGACAAGAACGUUAUCAAUUAAUCCAUACCCUUCGAAAGAAACUAACUUGGAAGCGGUUGCUUCUCGUAUUAUGACACAGCAAUCUGAAAAACACCCAGUGCUUCAUUAUGUCAAUUGGGAUGUUAACGAUCCUGAAUGCCCUUAUAAUUGGAGCCUCCGAUAUCGUUGGUUCCACACUAUUAUGGUUGCUUGUCUAGUAGUAUCUGCUGCUUUUGGUUCUUCUGUCGUUACGGGUAGAAUCAACGGUGUAGUUGAAUCUUUUGGUUGCUCUGAGGAAGUUGCUAUUCUUCAAGUUUCUCUUAUGGUAUUCGGUUUCAUGUUUGGUCCUCUUCUGUGGUCACCGCUUUCUGAAUUAUUUGGACGUAAACCUAUCUACGUGAUUGCUUUGGGUAUUUAUGUUAUUUUCAAUAUUCCCUGUGCUGUUGCCAAAAAUAUCGAGACCGUUCUCGUGUGUCGUUUUUUUGCUGGCUUCUUUGCUUCCUGUUCUUUAACCUUGGCUGGUGGCUCUAUCUCUGACCUUUUCCCUACAGAAACUCGUGGUAGUGCUAUUGCCUAUUUUGCAGCUGCACCUUAUGCUGGCCCUGUCCUUGGCCCCAUUGUAGGUGGUUGGAUUUCCGUUGGUACUCAUGGUUGGAGAUGGAUUUAUUGGGUCAAUAUGAUCUUUGCGGGUGUUAUGUGGAUUGUUGUAUGUUUCUUGCCUGAAACUUACCAUCCUACACUUCUUGCUAAGCGAGCAAAACGUAUGAGAAAGGAAACUGGUGAUCCAACUUAUAUUACUGUUGAAGAAGAAUUUCCUGUACCUCUUUCAGAAUUAGUGCAAACCAAUUUGAUCCGUCCUCUUUAUAUGAUUGUUACUGAACCUAUCUUAUCGGCAAUGUCUCUUUAUGUUGCCGUUAUUUAUGCUUUGUUGUAUGCUUUCUUCUUUGCGUACCCUAUCAUCUUUGCCGGUGUUUACGGUUUCAACGAUGGUGAAGUUGGUUUGGCUUUCUUGGGUGUCAUUGUUGGUACUUUCUUCGCUUUAUUGACGACACCCAAAUUUGAGAAAUUGUUCAAGAAGGUAUGUGAUGAAAAGAAUGGUAAACCUGAUCCCGAAGAUCGUUUACCUGGUAUGAUGUUCGCUGCUCCUUGGGUUCCUGUUUCUUUGUUCAUCUUUGCUUGGACUCCUUACCCAUGGUGCCAUUGGAUUGGUCCCUGUAUCUCCGGUAUUCCUUUCGGUUUCGGUAUGGUUAUUCUCUACUAUGCAGCUAAUAACUACAUCAUCGACUGUUUCCCUCGUUAUGUAACUUCCGCUUUGGCUGCCAAGACCCUUAUUCGUUCCGGUUCUGGUGCUGCUUUCCCACUUUUCAUCAAUCAAAUGUAUCACAACUUGGGUAACCAAUGGGCAAGUACCUUACUCGCUUUCAUUGCUAUCGCUAUUAUGCCUAUUCCUUUUGCUUUCUACAAAUGGGGCGCCUCUAUUCGUGCUAGAUCUAAGAGCGCCUCAUAA